CAUUCAAACUGUCAAGAUGGCACAGCUUACAGAGUUUAGAAGGGAAAUUGAUAGUAUACAUGAGAAAGCUAUUAGAGCCCAACGUGAGGCUGGACAUGCGAAGUAUCUCGAGACUGCACUUUCACACAGCAAGCAACAAGCAAAAGCAGCUAAAUCACUAGCUCAUAAACCACUCGAGGCUGAAAUUGAUAAGCUCAGUUUGGAUAAAGAUAUAAGUGGCAAUUUAGUCAACGUGAAUGCAACGAACGUUGUAGAAUUACUUUUGAGUAAUGAUCCACCUAUAGAUAGUAUAGGUUUAUACGUUGAAGAUUGCAUCAGAUCAGCACGCGGUGAAUAUGUCGCCAGCUUGGGCAAUGCUACUGACGGAUUUCAGUCAGACAUCUUAACAUUUGAGCAAGUUCUCGUUAUACUCAAGCAACUUAAAAAAGCCUGUAAAUCUGUUGAUUGCGGAUUGGGCGUUCUAUAUCAACGCGUUACCGAAGAUGAGAAAGAAGCAUUUGUCAAGAUUAUAAUACGACGACUUCCAACUUCAGCAGAAUUGUUUCAAGAAGUUAGGUUGGCUGUUUGUGGUAAUGUAGAUGCUGGUAAAUCAACAUUAUUAGGUAUAUUAUCCAGAGGUGGUUUAGAUGACGGUAGAGGAAAGAUGCGAGUAAAUUUAUUCCGUCAUAAGCAUGAAAUUGAAAGUGGAAGAACUAGCUCGGUCGGUUUAGAGAUUAUGGGAUUCGAUCACGAAGGUAAUGAGGUACAAUCAGCUACCCAGAAACAUGGUUGGGAUGAAAUUUGUAGCAGAAGCAGCAAGAUUGUUUCCUUCAUUGAUCUCGCUGGACAUGAAAGAUACCUUAAGACAACAAUAUUUGGGAUGACGGGAACGCAGCCAGAUUAUGCAACACUCAUAGUCGGUGCUAAUGCAGGUCUGAUUGGCAUGUCUAAAGAACAUUUGGCAAUAUCAUUAGCAUUAGACGUGCCAGUUUUCAUUUGCGUCACUAAAAUUGAUAUGGCACCACCAAACGUUCUCGAACAGACAUUAAAGCAACUUACCAAGAUACUCAAAAGUCCAGGAUGUCGCAAAACACCUGUAUUUAUUCGUUCAAAGGAGGAAGCCGCUGAAUUGUCAUCUACAUUCGUUAGAGAUAGAGUAGCUCCAAUAUUUCUGAUUUCAAGUGUUACUGGUAGCGGUAUACCACAUCUCAAGACUUUUCUUAAUGUGAUUCCACCAGCUUCCGCUGGUCCUGAUCUCAUUGAGAAGCCUCUGGAGUUCAUGAUUAACGACGUAUAUUCAGUUCCUUAUGCUGGUACCGUCGUGAGUGGAAUUGUCAAUACCGGUAGUAUUAGGCUAAAUGACACGGUAAUGGUUGGCCCAGACAGCCUUGGUAAUUUUAUAACGACAUCCGUCAAAUCUAUGCAGCGGAAAAGGUCGAAUGUUAACAUUGCCGAAGCUGGUCAAUCUGUGUCAUUAGCAUUGAAGCGUGUUAGAAGAACUGCUGUACGUAAAGGACAGGUCGUUAUUGCGAAGACAGAGCCACCACCAAAAGCAUCCUGGAGAUUUGUUGGAAACAUUUUGAUACUAUAUCAUUCUACUACGAUUAAACCAUCUUAUCAAGCGAUGGCACAUAUUGGCAGUAUCAGACAGACUGUUAAAGUUGUGGGAUUGAAUAACGACAACAACUUGCUCCGUACUGGUGAUAGGGCGUCUGUUACUUUUGAAUUUGUUAAAAACCCGGAAUACAUCAAAGAAGGGAUGCAACUGUUGUUCAGAGAAGGCAGAACUAAAGGUCUAGGUGUAAUAGCCCAAGUAGUUGAUUGAAUCUACUAUAAGGUUUGUAUAAAUACGAUGAAAGAGUUCAUGCAUUGUUGUAUUAAAUAAGCUAUCACUUGUAAUUGUAAUUGUCAGCUCGCCACUCUCUGCUCUGCUUCUGUGGAGACUUUACUUUUAAUUAGAUAUUACUAUAAUCAAAGUUAAUAU